AGGGUAAAAAAAAGAGAGAAGAAGCCCAAAUCACACCACACCCAACCCUCCCUCCCCCGAAUUCCGGAACCUCCUCCUGCUCCACCUUGAACCCCUAAUCCCCUCCCAUCCCGAUGGCCGACGACGCCGCGCCGUUCGCGUCCCCUAUCUCGCCGCUCCCGCCCGCAAUGCAGCCUCCCUCCGAUCCCUCUCCGCCCGCCGAUACCCCAGCCUCCUCCGACGCCACCCUCGCCGCAGCCGCCGCCCAAACCCCAAGCCUCCCCGACACCCCCGCCUCCGCAGAUCCCGACACCCCCUUCUCCGACGCCAUGCCCGCCGACGCCUCUGACGCUGACGUUUCCGCCCUCGCACCACCCGAUGCCCCCGGCGACGGCGAAGACGACGGGAUCAACGCCUCGGGCGCCAGGAAGCACAUGACGCUCGCGCCGCCGGCUCCGCCCAGCAAAAAGUCCAAGAAGAAAGGCGGAAACAGCGUCUGGACCAGGCCCGCCUCCCGCAAGGGCAAGAAGAAGGCUAGGCAGCCGGGUGGCCUCGCCCCCGGCGGCGGCGCUACCGGCGCCCACCCCAGGCCCAGCGUCGGCGGCGAGGAGGAGUUCCUCCUCGUCCCCGCGCCCCGCCUCGCUGCCGAGCGCUCCGACGACGCGGCCGGCCUGCCCGUGCUCCUCUCCCGCGUCUUCAAGUCCGAAAAAAUCGAGCUUUCGGAAGACCGCCUCACCGCCGGCAGCACCAAGGGCUACCGCAUGGUGCGCGCCACCCGCGGGGUCGCGGCGGGCGCCUGGUACUUCGAGGUCAAGGUCAUGCACCUCGGCCCCACUGGCCACACCCGCCUUGGCUGGGCGACCAACAGGGCUGACCUCCAGACACCAGUAGGGUAUGACGCCUAUGGUUUUGGGUACCGGGACAUCGAUGGUGCCAAGGUGCACAAGGCUUGGAGGGACAAGUACGCAGAUGAAGGGUACGGCGAAGGGGAUGUACUCGGGUUCUACAUUUCUCUGCCUGAUGGGGAGCGGUAUGAGCCCAAGCAACCGGACCUGAUUCAGUACAAGGGAAUGCCUUUUCACGUGCAAGUUCCUAAGGAGGAGCAGAAGACGCUGGAUCCUGUUCCCGAGAGUGUGAUUUGUUACUUCAAGAAUGGGGUAUGCCAAGGCAUUGCCUUCAAGGACAUUCCUGGAGGGAGGUACUACCCAGCUGCAUCAAUGUAUACGCUACCUAACGAGCCAAACUGUGUAGUCAAAUUCAACUUUGGGCCAGAUUUCGUGUUUUUUCCACAAGAUUUUGGUGGCCUUCCAGUCCCUCAACCAAUGAGCGAGGUGCCCCAUCAGGCCUACGAACUGAAGAACGAGCAGCCUGCUGAAAAUGGUGUUGCUGAAAAAACUAGUUAGUGUAAUUAGCGUGCUGUUUUAGCUAUGUCAAAUACACUCUAACAGCAAACAGACCGAUUGCUAAUGAUCAUGGUGAAGAUGACUGCUGGAGUUAUUAUAUCUGGCUAGAUUGUAUGCUUAUGUUGUUACCAAAUGGGUUCCAUCUUCCCCGUCCUUGGCGGGGUGAUGAAGUUAUUGCAGUCCUGCUGAUUGUAGAUGGUUUUGACUUCUAAAGGCAACUAGACGGUGUCAUGUGGCAUGCUGGGAGGAGAGUGAUGGGAGGUGGUGUUCUGGUGGAGUGAGGUUUAUGCUGGGAGUUUUUCACCUGUUCAAGAAGGAUGUGGAUAGUCUGAAAAGUAUCUGCGUGUAAAUUUGCUUCUUUUGUUCACUAACGAUUGAGUAAUUCAAAUGGCCAUUGCCAAUAUCUCU